CCAAAGAGACGAUUAAAAGAUGUAAAAGGUCACGUGGCUUUGAAUGCCAGGCAUGACGACUCCCUUAUCAAAAUGGCGGGCUUGGGGCUUUCUGUUAGAAUGAACGGUGUAUAUAUGUUGAAUGAGAUCUCUGUGAUGAUGGUAUUGUUAUUGAUGAUUGGCAAUGUGCAAGGAUUUCUCGCAGACCCUGACGCACAAGCUGUUGGCCCGCUCUGUUAUUCCUGUUUACAUGUCGCACAUCAGAGGGACUGUACACGAAUCGUCCAAUGCGGCCCUCAUGAGAAAUGUUUUGGCAGAAGGUUUAUUACACCAGAUGGUCUGACAUAUUUCUCAUCUGGUUGUGAAUCAAUAGCCGGUUGUGCGGCACGUCGCUCGAUCCAGCAAGACGAUUUGAACACUCUGUCUAAGGGUGUCAGGGCGGCUAACGGUGACUUACAGGCGUGUGAUCAGUGUUGUGAUGGCAGCUACUGCAAUCUUCAGCUGUGUGAUGUUCCCAUAAAAUUAAAACAGCGUUGUCUUUUUUGUGAUGACGUCAUUAACCCCGAAGACUGCAAUCUUUCCUUACAAUGUGACGAAGAUCAAAUUUGCUAUACAGAGAACAUUUAUGUUAACGAUGAAAAAAGAUUCCGAAUGGGAUGUGCAACAAAAAGAGGAUGUGUUGUCGCCACUCCCUCAGGGGCUCCGGUGGGAGUUCUUGGAAAGCGAGACAACGAGUUAUCGUUCUUACACCGCUAUAGAAAGGCCUUACCUACAGACCGUACAUAUUGCGCCAAAUGCUGUACAGGGGAGAACUGUAACCGUGAUCUCUGUACAGCCAGAACAGUUAUUGACCAGUAUCAAUUGGUGGCUCCUCCUCCAUUGGUCCUUUGUCAAGAUUAUGAUGAGGCGUCUUGUAGGAGUGGUUUGGUGGAUGCUAAUUUCUGCCAGGAUUUAGUAAACAAGAGGUUGUUUUGCCCAAGGACCUGCAAUACGUGUUCUGGUGGUGGUAUACCUCUCCCUGUCACCACUGCUGUAACCACAACAGGCGGAAGCUCCACAGCUGAUGUGUGUUUGGAGAAGAAUCCAGGUCAAUGCCAGCAAUAUAGCGACUUUUUCUGUGAUCCUUCAAAUCCUGGUGGAAUAGAUGUUUGUCCUGUGACCUGUAAAAAAACUGGAUGUUCAUCAGGGGGAUCGACAGUAAAUCCAGUAACAGCUGUUUCAACAAAACCCACUCCAACACCUUGUACAGACCCAAUUCCGCCAUGUCAGUGUGAGUAUCUACAGAACAAACUUCAGAUCUGCUACGAUGGAGAUCAGGAGCUUCAGAAAUUCUGCUGCUAUUAUUGUAAGAAAAUCCAAGAUCCAAAUUGGGUGUGCUCUGCGACCGAUAGAACAUUUUGUGACGCUUAUGAAAAGCCGUUUGCUCAGGAAAUUGUAGGUAUAAACAUAACCUGUCAUCAUUAGUGGAAAUAAAGUUGUAAGAAAAUAAAAAGUUGGUUUUUUUUAAUC